AUGCCGUCGUCGCACGGGGAUCUGGACCGUCAGAUCGAGCAGCUGAUGGAGUGCAAGCCUUUAGGGGAAGGAGAGGUGAAGACGCUGUGCGAUCAGGCGAGGGCGAUUCUGGUGGAGGAGUGGAACGUGCAGCCUGUGAAAUGUCCGGUCACCGUUUGUGGCGAUAUUCAUGGCCAGUUCUACGAUCUCAUCGAACUCUUUAGGAUAGGAGGGAAUGCACCUGAUACCAAUUAUCUCUUCAUGGGAGAUUACGUAGUGUUGAAGUCUGGAAUGUUGAAUGGGGAUAGUUUCCAGCAUUCUUUUGAAGUUUUUUAUUUACAACAGACAAGCAUUUCUAAUGUCGUCGAUUAUAUCAAUGCAGAUCGUGGGUACUAUUCGGUGGAGACUGUCACGCUCUUAGUGGCCUUGAAAGUCCGUUACAGAGAUAGAAUUACAAUUCUAAGAGGAAACCACGAGAGCAGGCAGAUUACUCAAGUAUACGAAAUGCUGUUUCAAUGGUAUGUUAUGUCAUUUGAUGAUAUUGUGGGAAUUGCUACUCCUCGAGCAACUAAGUAUGGUUUUUAUGAUGAAUGCUUGAGAAAAUAUGGAAAUGCUAAUGUCUGGAAGUAUUUUACUGACCUUUUUGAUUACCUACCCCUUACAGCCCUCAUCGAGAGCCAGAUCUUCUGUUUGCAUGGGGGACUUUCACCAUCUCUUGACACAUUAGAUAACAUCCGAGCUUUAGACCGUAUACAAGAGCGAAUAACUGAAGACGAUCGUUGUGGGUGGGGAAUAUCUCCUCGUGGUGCUGGAUAUACAUUUGGACAGGAUAUAGCUGGUCAGUUCAACCAUACCAAUGGACUCACUUUAAUUUCACGGGCUCACCAGCUUGUCAUGGAGGGGUACAAUUGGUGUCAGGAAAAGAAUGUGGUUACUGUAUUUAGUGCUCCAAACUAUUGCUACCGCUGUGGGAAUAUGGCCGCAAUUCUAGAGAUUGGAGAGAAUAUGGACCAGAACUUCCUUCAAUUUGAUCCGGCACCCCGGCAAAUUGAGCCUGACACCACUCGCAAGACCCCUGAUUACUUUCUGUAA